AUGCAAGGAUUGUCAUUUCGUGGUCAUGAUGAAUCGGAAGAGUCUCUUAAUAGAGGAAAUCUGAUUGAGGUAUUGAACUGGUAUGCAGCUCGUUGUAAGGAAAUUAAAGAAGUAUUAUUUAGUAAUGCUCCUGGAAAUGACCAAAUGACUUCACCAACCAUCCAAAAAGAUUUGAUUAAUUGUUGUGCUGGAGAGACGACAAGGGCUAUUAUCAAUGAGAUUGGUGAUUCUUUAUUUUCAAUUUUAGUUGAUGAGGCUCGCGAUAAUUCUAUGAAAGAACAAAUGGCAGUCGUUUUAAGGUUUGUUGAUAAAAGUGGGCGAGUGAAGGAGCGUUUUUUGGGUAUAUCCCAUGUCACUGAUACUUGUGCCCAAUCACUGAAGGAUGCCAUUGAUGCAAUGUUUUCUACACAUGGGUUGAGUAUGUCUAGUCUGAGAGGUCAAGGCUAUGAUGGAGCAAGUAAUAUGUCAGGUGAGUUCAAUGGGUUGAAAGCUUUAAUUCUUAGAGAGAACCCGCAUGCUAUGUAUGUUCAUUGCUUCGCUCACCAACUUCAGUUGGCAAUUGUAUCAGUGGCACGUAGGAAUUGUAUGGUUGGUGAUUUUUUGGACGUACUUGCUAUUAUUGUGAAUUUGGUUGGUGCAUCAUGUAAGCGUGUAGAUGCUCUUCGAACAAGUUAUCAAGCUAAUAUUCUGGGUUGGGAUACUUUAUUCAGUAGGGUGAUUGAGUUUUGUGUUGAUAGACAUAUUUUAGUGCCUAAUAUGGAGGAUAUUGUAGUGGUGAAAGGUCGACCUAGGCGUGUAGCUCAACAGGUGACUUAUUUUCAUCGCUUUUAUGUUGAUUUGUAUUGUAAUGUGAUAGACUCAAUCUUGCAAGAGUUGAAUGAUCGAUUUCCAGAAACAACUACUGAGCUCUUUACUUGCAUUUCAUGUUUAAGUCCAAGAGAUUCAUUUGCAGCUUUUGAUAAGGAUAAAUUGCUACGUUUUGCUCAGUUCUAUCCUUUGGAUUUCAAUAGUGAAGAACUUUUAUUACUUAGACCUCAACUUGAUAAGUUUCUUUUGCUUGUGAGAAUGGACGAAGCUUUCUUUAAUCUCAAUAGUAUAUCCUGUGUAGCUCAGAAGUUGAUUGAAACAAGAAGUUCCUGUUAUUUUCCAUUGGUUUAUAGGCUGCUCACCUUGGCUUUGAUAUUACCUGUGGCAACUGCAAGUGUUGAAAGGGUAUUUUCUGCUAUGAAUCUAAUCAAGAGUGAUUUGCGCAACAAAAUGGGUGAUAUCUGGUUGAAUGACAAUUUGUUACAGAGUAACUGA